CCCACCAUCAAACGCAUCUCAGUGUUAGGGUUUCUCCUACCUCUCCUCCGGCGGCGGCGAAGGUAGCACCAGCAACAGCAGCGACAAUGGCGGCAGCGGCGACGGAGUCGGUUCAGUGCUUCGGCCGGAAGAAGACGGCGGUGGCGGUGACGUACUGCAAGCGCGGCCGCGGCCUGAUCAAGGUGAACGGGAGCCCCAUCGAGCUGGUGAAGCCGGAGAUCCUCCGCUACAAGGCCUUCGAGCCCAUCCUCCUCCUCGGCCGCCACCGCUUCGCCGGCGUCGACAUGCGCAUCCGCGUGCGCGGCGGUGGGAAGACCUCCCAGAUCUACGCCAUCCGGCAGAGCAUCGCCAAGGCCCUCGUGGCCUUCUACCAGAAGUACGUGGACGAGCAGUCCAAGAAGGAGAUUAAGGACAUCCUUGUCCGCUACGACCGCACCCUCCUCGUUGCCGACCCCCGCCGCUGCGAGCCCAAGAAGUUCGGCGGCCGCGGCGCCCGCGCUCGCUUCCAGAAGUCCUACCGUUAGAUCCCGAUGCCGAUCUCUGAUGUCUGGAAGUACAUCCAUUCAAAUUUUUGGAGGUUUUGAAGGUUGGAGCCCUACAGCUAGAGAUGUACCAAUCACAGAAAGAGGUUCUGAAGGUUCUAGACCUGUAGCUGAAGGUGCUUCAAUCACAAAGAGCUUUGGGGAUAGCCAAAUCUCUUCAUUAAUUCGGACUCAACCAAGUCAGGAAGAAAAAGAAUGAAGUUGUACUGUUUGGACAUUUUGUAGGAAGCAAAGUAUUGUUGUAAUCAAGACAAUAGUAGGCUGUUCCAGUUUGUAAUCAGGAAGCAAAAUAUUGUUUAGACAUUUUGUAGGAAGCAUAGUACUGUUUGCCAGUAGUAGGCUAUUCCAGUUGAUCUGGGCAUUCUGUAAUCAGUUUUUUUUUUUUUUGGAAUAUGUAAGUUGUACUACUUUAUAUAAUGACUUUUUCAAAGAUGAAUGACGUGAAAUUCUGUUCCUUUCAGA